CGAAAGCAAAACAUCGGUGACGGUCUCGUGACCAAUGUACUCGUUAACCGAAACAAGGACGACUACCUUCAAUCACUCAAACUAAAUCUCUUGAAUAGGAGUGGAGAGCGAUGUUGCGAUUACUUUUUGCUUUAUUUGCAGGCAUUGCUCAUGCAAGCAGCCAAGACGUCAUAGAAAUGAGCAUGCUAGAUAGCACAAUAGGUGAUGCAACACCAUUGAAUAUUCCCAAGCGAUUUUCUUUUGCUGCCUACUAUGGUGAUCACAUGGUUCUUCAGAAAGCCCCACAGCGUGCUGUCAUAUGGGGCUACAAUCCAUUUACAAAUGAGUUCAUAGAUGUAUCUGUGGACCAACAGAAAUACCAUGCUUUAGUGGACUCAAAUGGACUGUGGAGCGUUACCCUUGACCCUGUGGAGGGACCAGGACCUUACAACAUAACAGCGCAGGGGUCACAAGGGGAGAUUACUCUCAAAGAUGUCUUAUUUGGAGAUGUUUGGCUCUGCUCUGGACAAUCCAAUAUGCAAUUUACAGUCAGUCAGAGCUUCAAUGCUUCUGAAGAGAUAAAGGACGCUGACAAUUUUCCCAACAUCCGAGUGUUUACUGUCAACCAGAUUUCAUCCAAAACGCCCCUGAAAGACCUUGAUGCAGCGAAUAGUAUCAAACAGCCUUGGUCUGUUGCUUCUAGCAGUUCCAUUGGUGGAGUAGCUUGGGGCUACUUCUCGUCUGUGUGUUGGCUGUAUGGUAAAUACCUGUACCAGAAGCUGGGCUACCCCAUUGGUCUGGUAAAUACUUGCUGGGGAGGUACACCUGUGGAGGCCUGGUCUUCACCGGAUGCUCUUGCAAAAUGUGGACUCCACAGUGAAACAGUGGCAUCAGAACAACUUAAGGAACCCUUUUACAAUAGGAUGUCUUCAUAUGGAAAUUAUGGUGGACCUCAAACUGCAGUUAUUUUGUGGAAUGCCAUGAUCAGUCCUCUUCUGAACAUGACCAUCUACGGAGCCAUUUGGUAUCAGGGUGAAAACAAUGCCCGCAAUCCCUCCACUUACAACUGUACCUUCCCUUCAAUGAUUAGUGACUGGAGAACCAAGUUCCACACUUCACACGGACAGAACAACCCAACCUUUCCUUUUGGAUUUGUUAUGCUUGGUGCCAAUAUUCCAAACAUGAGUGAUUUUGGUGGUUUCCCAGACAUUCGUUGGCACCAAACAGCAGACUUUGGUUUUGUCCCAAACAAGAAAAUGGAGAAUGUGUUUAUGGCCAAUGCAAUGGAUCUUCCAGAUUUUUUGUCACCAUUUGGACCCAUCCAUCCACGAGAUAAACAAGAUGUAGCAAGGCGUUUGGUGAAUGCCAGUUUGGCUGUAGCUUACCACCACAAAGAUGUACCUUAUCAGGCCCCCCUGCCUUCUGGUUUCAAGGUAGACACUGCAGCUAGCACACUGGAAAUCAUCUACAAUAAUGGCACGGAGGCAUUGCAACUCAAGAACAACGUUGGAUUUGAAGUCUGUUGUUCCUAUGAUGGUAAAGGGUUGUGUAAUACUCAUGCAUGGUGGCUACAGGCAAAUGUUGUCAGGAAAACAUUGAGUAGUGUAAUUCAUAACAACGGCAUCAUGUGGUGCUCAGAAUGUUGCUGGAAUCCGCUACGCAUGGAGGCUUUCCCCAUGUACAUUUAUGGACUGUAGUCUGUACUCCUUACACAGCUCUCUACCUGCCUCUCCGUUCCAGUUCACUGAUGCUGAAUUUCACAAGGAUGGAAGUUAUACUGUAAACAAUAGUAUACCUCACCCUUUAGAGAGCUGAGAGGAUUGAAGAAUCCAUUGAUAAAGUUAGAGUGGGAAUGAAGGGAUCUGUUAUUUUUUUACAAACAAGAUAAGAUCUGCCUUUAUUUUUAUAUUUUUCUCGUUUAUUCACAAUGGAAGUUACACUAAUUAGCAAUGGUUGUAAACCCUUCACUGUGAUCAGGGGUUGAAACAUGCUCGAUGUUCAUUAAUAUUAUUGUGAUAAGUGUAAUGUUCAAUCAUUUUUAAAACAAAUAGAUCUGUACACUUUUGUCCAUCAAUUAAUAUGCUGAAACAUUUCCAUUGUUAGAUACAUGUACAUUAUUGUAUGCCUAUUUGCAUGGUUGCUCAUUUUUGCUCUCUUCGUGUACACAGGCAAAAUGUCUUAAGGUAAUGUUGAUCUUAAAAAAUAUUGACCUGAAUUUGACCUGAAUCGACAUGAAGAUAUUUUACCUGUAUUAUACAAUAGUUGAUUGGAAUUAACUCUUAAGUCUCUUGACUUAAAUAUUUUUGGUUUAAAACAAAUUUCUUGUUUUAUUUGUCUUAGAAGACUGAAUUCCCUGUUUUGAACAAUAAAUGUCAUCACUUCUGCUUUUUAGUAGAAAAAGACAUAUAAUUGUUUACUUAUUUGGGUCAGAUUUGCAAGAUAUGCCUUAAACUUUGUUUUUCUAGAUUGGCAAAUAGAAAGACCAAAAGUAGCACCACAUUUGAAAAGAAAUCAUUCCAGAAUUUCAUCAAAUAUUUUUCUGAUGAUAGAGGGUUCAGAUUAAAUCAGCCACCAUCGUUGGAUCAGAGAUGAUGAUCACACAAUGAUAAAGGCAUUCUCAGUUACAUUCCUCUUAGCCUAAAUUAGGUCAUCCUUGAGACUAGUGAACUGUUAGUCUAAAUUAGGUCAUCCUUUAGACUAGUGGACUGCCUGGAUGACUACAGUGUAAAUUUGUGUAUAUUAGGUAGAAUUUAUAUGAUUUGUCAUUCUGGGAUAACAAAACUAUUUUUUGUGAUAGAAGUUGAUAUUCUUUAAUUAUUUAUAAGUGCAUGUACUAAUUAUACUAAUUAACUCCCAAGUUAAUGUUUUGGGCAAAAUCUGAAUUUGAAUCCAAACAGUGUGUAAAGAUGCAUUUAGUCAUUGUAUUUACUUAUUUAUUAGAACAAAAUGUACUUGAUGUACUCUGUAGGACUGUGAUGACUUCUCCCCAAAGUGUUACUAUGGAUGAAAUAAGACCAUUAAUUAUGAGAAUCCUAUAUUACAGUGUACAUGUCUCGUUUGCAAAGAGAUUGAUUAUGCUAGGUUUUUAGCAAAUUAAGCAUAAUAUUGUAUAUAUUGGUUUAUUGUGUAUUUGAAAGUCUUGUUUUGAUCUGAAUUUAUUAACUUGUUAGCUUAAAGGCCAUAAGGCAGUAAUAGUGGACGUAAAACAUGUUUGAUACAUCUAUAUUGUGUUGUUAUUAUUAUAUUUUGUGUGGUUUUAAAAAAACACUUAUAGUUCAUACAGUUUAUGGUAUGUAGUCUAAGAGUACAUGGUAUGUAGUCUAAGAGUACAUAUAUGGUAUGUAGUUUAAGAGUACAUAUGUAUGGUAUGUAGUCUAAGAGUACAUAUAUGGUAUGUAGUCUAAGAGUACAUAUGUAUGGUAUGUAGUCUAAGAGUACAUAUAUGGUAUGUAGUCUAAGUGUACAUGCUAUGUAGUCUAAGAGUACAUAUAUGGUAUGUAGUCUAAGAGUUCAUAUAUGGUAUGUAGUUUAAGAGUAUAUAUGUAUGGUAUUUAGUUUAAAAGUAUAUGUAUGGUAUUUGGUCCAAGAGUACAUAUAUGUAUGGUAUGUACAGUACAUGUAUAUACAUAUAUAGUAUGUAGUCUAAGAGUACAUGUACAAUUUAUAUGGCAUCAAUUAAUUAUCACAAUUUUCACAUUCAUAACGAUAUUGUUUGUUGUGUAUCUACUAAACUUGUUCUAUGGGGCCGCAGUGGUCGAGUGGUUAAGGUGUCCUGACACUUUAUCACUAGCCCUCCACCUCUGGGUUGCGAGUUCAAAACCUACGUGGGGCAGUGGCCAGGUACUGACCGUAGGCCGGUGGUUUUUCUCCGGGUACUCCAGCUUUCCUCCACCUCCAGAACCUGGCACGUCCUUAAAUGACCCUGGGUGUUAAUAGGAAGUUAAACAAAAACAAACCCAAACCCAAUCCAUGUUCUAUGUCUAUAUGUGAUCAUUUGUAAUUUACUUGUGUCUUGAUAAAGAGGCAGAUUGCCUCGAAAAUUUGACAAUUUACUUGUCUCUACUGUCGUUAUUACUACAUGAUCAAUUAUAAUAGACUCUCUAAACUGAACACCUUUGGGACUACAUAAUAAAGCCAGUUUGUAGAGAGUUCCGGAUUGUAGAGAUUCUGCUUUUAUAGCAUUGUUGAAUGCAAAAAAAAUGAAUAAAAGAUAUAUUAUAAAGAA